CGGCGGAGGCGGGGGCGAGGCGCCGAGCCGCGGGGAGCGCUUUAGUCGCCGCCGCCUUCUCCGCUGCCUCCGCCGCCUUCUCCGCUGCCUCCGCCGCCUCCGCCGCCUCAGCGGGGGGUCUGGCGCGCGCCGCCGCCCCGGGCCGCUGGGUGGCGCGGCCGCCGGCGGAACAUGGCGCCGUGUACGUUGUGGCGCUGCUGCCAGCGCACCGUGGGCUGGGUGCCGGUGCUCUUCAUCAGCUUCGUGGUCGCCUGGUCCUACUACGCGUACGUGGUGGAGCUGUGCGUGUUUACACUUUCUGGAAAUGGAGAAAACGGAAAGGCCGUUGUUUACCUUGUGGCUUUCCAUCUGUUCUUUGUUAUGUUUGUAUGGUCCUAUUGGAUGACAAUUUUCACAUCUCCCGCUUCCCCCUCCAAAGAGUUCUGCUUGUCCAAUUCUGAAAAGGAACGUUAUGAAAAAGAAUUCAGCCAAGAAAGACAACAAGAAAUUUUGAGAAGAGCAGCAAGAGAUUUACCUAUCUACACCACGUCGGCUUCAAAGACUGUCAGAUAUUGUGAGAGAUGUCAGCUGAUCAAGCCUGACCGCGCGCAUCACUGCUCAGCGUGUGACGUGUGUAUUCUUAAGAUGGAUCAUCACUGCCCUUGGGUGAAUAACUGUGUGGGAUUUUCUAAUUACAAAUUCUUCCUGCUAUUUUUAUUGUACUCUCUAUUAUAUUGCCUUUUCGUGGCUGCAACAGUUUUACAGUACUUUAUAAAAUUUUGGACGAAUGAACUCUCAGAUACGCGCGCAAAAUUCCACGUGCUUUUCCUUUUCUUUGUGUCGACGAUGUUUUUCAUCAGUGUGCUGUCACUCCUCAGCUACCACUGCUGGCUGGUUGGAAAGAACAGAACAACCAUAGAAUCAUUCCGCGCACCCACAUUCUCAUAUGGACCUGAUGGAAAUGGUUUCUCGCUUGGAUGCAGUAAAAAUUGGAGACAAGUCUUUGGUGAUGAAAAGAAAUAUUGGCUACUACCAAUAUUUUCAAGUCAGGGUGAUGGCUGCAGUUUUCCGACUCGCCUUGUGGGGACGGAUCCAGAACAAGCUUCUGUUUCAAACCAAAGUGAAAGUACCAGAAGUAUUGGCUCAAAUCAACCCUUUCCUAUCAAACCGCUUAGUGAAUCAAAAAACCGCUUGUUGGACAGUGAGUCUCAGUGGCUAGAGAAUGGAUCUGAAGAAGGCGUUGUCAGAUCAGGGACAAAUAACCAUGUAACAGUGGCAAUAGAAAAUUGAGUACCACUUGUUCAUACUAACCAAUUGAAUAAGAGCAAGGUUUAUAAAAACAUAAUGGACUGAUAUUUUCCAUUUUAUUUGCAAGAAAAUGAUCAAUGGAAUUAAAUAAUUGAAGUAUAAAUGAAGAUAUAUUUUUAAAAAAGGAAACCUUUGUACGGAUUGCUGGGUCCACAGAAGCACUGCUCCAGAGCUGGAAGAUGCCUUAAUCUUAAAUGAGCCCCUUUGUUCAACGCUGACUUACAGCUACAAAAGAGACUUAAUUUUACUUUGGAAAUAACAUUUACUCGUAAUAACAUUAUGAGAUGCUGUAAUAUGAGCUAUCAGGUCAUGUGUUAACAUGGCAUAUGUAUUUUUUGAUACCUGAGUUACAUUAUUAGAGUUAUUAGUAUCCAUAUAGAUUUUCACUCCAGAAACACAAGCUAAAAUCUUGUCUUGAGUGAAGUACAUCUAGGUCAGUAUGGUGGCUGAAAGGGAAUAAUAUCCAAAUUACUGUUGCUUGUACUGUGUAAGAAAAAGAAAAUAACUGCUUUUUAAGAAAAAAAAAUUGGUGUUUGCUAAUUUAUAGUUACUGUUUUAUACUUUUCAACAUUUUUAAUGAAGAUUUUUUUAUUGCUGGCUAUAAAAUAACACUCAGAAGGAUUUAGAUACCUAAUUAUUUAAAACAUGGGACAUAUUUGUAUAAUCCAUUGAAGGAUUAGUUCUAAGCAUUAAUUAAAACCAUGUGUAGUGUUGUGCCCAAGGCUUAAAGAAAAUUUGGCAGUAGAAGAAAUUGUUUCUCUCUGCUUUUAAUAUACUUUUUUGUUGAACUUUCAUGGGUAUUCAUAUGGGUAGGGAAACAAAGGUUACAUGUGCUACAGAAAUACUGGACACCAUACGAUUGGGUAGAAGUGGCUAGAAGAAAAGUAAAGAGAAAGACAAGCUACAAGUAAGCUGUUAAAAUUUUAUGUUUUCAGAGUGCUGCCUGCUGUUGAGUUGAUUUUCAAGAUUCAGUUUAGGUACUGACUGAAAUUUGCCUUGAAACUUUUUACAGUAAUCCUGUAACAGCUUAAGUAGUGACUUAAAUGCAAUUUGAACUAGGGUUACACCGUUUAGUAUAACACUGCUCUCAAGAAAGGAAUUCUCACCUGAGUAUUCAAAAUGUCUACUCUCUCAGAGGUAGAUUCUACUCCUAUACACAGGAUUUUAUAUCUGACUUCCUAACAGCAACCUCUUUCUGCCUGGACACUGAUCCCCCUUUUCCUUUCGAAAUCCAGUCUAAGUGACAGGUAUUCUGAAGAAAAAUACAGUAUCCUUUAAAGGAGAAACAAUAUACAAAUGUUACUCCUCCUUUAUACUGGUUAGUCAACCACACACACACACACAAGCUAAAAUGAUUGCUUCCAGUAGUGGGUAGAUAUCAUUUUUAACCAGCAUCUGUAAAUAUCAGUUAUAGUUUUGUCUGUAAAAUGGGAUUGGGGAGAGGGGUGUUAUGAAUGACUUGGACUGGACAGCGUUUCACAUUCUUUGAUUUCUCAUCUGGCACAGUACCUUACUUUCACAUUCGUCGGACAGAUAUUUUGGGAGUUCCUACUGGAUGCCAAGCAAUAUACUGGGGAUAGCUCUGGGAUCUCCUAAUGCAGCAUCACAAAUUUUAGAGCCAGCUAUUUCAGAUUUACAGUUAAUAGUAUCUAUCUAAUGCCAUGGGCUAUAUUAAUACUAGAUUUUAAAAGGAAAUAAUUUUUUUUCCCUUUGAACUAGAGGAGUGAGUUAGCUUUGAAAACAUAGUUUGGAAUACUACAAUACAGCUUCUACCUUUAUUGCAACACUGUAGUCUUAAUAAUCUUUAUUCCAGAAAAACUUUUGUGAGAGCUAAGGGGUAUCAGCUACCAACCAGAAACAUCACUUCAGUUUGGCAGUUUGUGUAUUAUAAGGAAAUAGUAAAUGUUUAAAGUAAGUGAAUGCUUUCCUGCUGGAAACUUCCUGGUACUUCUUGUGAGUGUUUCUACAUUCAGGUUAAGGGAUUUGUGUGCACCUGAUUAACAACUGAGGAAACUUAAUUUUCCCCUUAACCUGUUUGGGUGCUUUUGUAGUGUUUUUGCUUUUUCAGUUCUUUCAAUUUCUGUUAUUUAACAUCACCUUAAUAGCAUCAGUAAACACCCUUUCAGGAAUUUUCAGCUAAAGCCUUUUAAUUUAGUUACGUUAGCUUUAAUUAAUUUAUGGGCAACAUUUGCCACGUUCUAAGUGAUAUUCGGCUUAGUUUAUUCAUACAUUACUAAUGGCCAUUUGGCAAGGUAUGGGAAUCAGGGAAAGGCUGCCUCUUUGGUAUUUCAACUGGUAUUGAUUAGUGCUGCCAACCUUUGGGGAGAAAUGGUCAAAAUGAAGCCCUGUCCAGAUUUAUUAGUACUGUCUUUGUUCCUUCAAACACUUGAACAGCUGUGAUGAGAUUUAAGGAAAAUAAAGUUAAAUUCCGGGUCUUGCCAUUGCCAUGAAAAACAAAUUAGACAGGAAACUUGGUUUUACCUGGGUACCGACUUACUUGAAUAUUUAGUACCUGAGGCAUCUGACCACUGUCACUGUGCCAAACCAAAGAGCAGCUGCAGCUUAGUGGUCACUAAACUAGCACCGCUUACAAAGUAUAGUUUCAUCUUUGCAUCUGGACAAUUUUUAAAAAUUCUUACAUAUUUAGUGGUUAUGAUCCAAUGUGUCAUAAGUUAACUUAGUUUAAAUCAAAUAUGCGAUGUUUACUUGAAUUUUGUUUCUAUUAAAAGCAGAUUUUGACUGUUUUUGUAGGAUUGUUUAAACUACAGAUUUUUAGUCAUGUGAGAUUUCCCUUCAGUCAUCUUUAAAGCAGAUGCAUAUUAAGGGCUUAGUGUUAGGAUCUGCAUAUUUGGGGCACUGAAAAGACAAAUGACUUACAAAUAUGUUUUGCUUACAUUUUGUCCUAGGACUAGCACUGCUAUCGAUGGAAAGUAUUUUUAACUAAUCUGUUAUUGAGAAAUGAACCAUAUUUUUGCACUUCAGCCAAAAUAAAGACGAUAUCUAAUAUUCUGUAAGAUACAGCUAAUAUGUAAAUCUGAAAUUCAUGUUUCGUAUGAUCUGAACUGUAUUUUCCAACGUAAAUUAAAAAUGCAAUAUAGAUUCAGAAACGUCCAUAUUUUUCUAACGACUUCACUUUAUAUUUUGAGUUGCAUAAAGAAGCAAGGAAUUGUUUGUAUUAAAAGCUUCAGAAAGCUGUUAGUUGAGUUUAUCAUAUUUGUACAUGAUUACAGAUGAGUCUAUGCCCAUUUAAAGAAAAAUGGACACUAUUUUAAAGCGAUCUUUAAUGUUUUUAUAUAAACAAAUUUGAAAUAUAGCUCACUUUGGUUGUUUUUACAUAUCAAGUUCUAUAAGUCUUUUAUUUGUUUCUCGUAAGUGUAACCCUGGACCAUGACUUCAUUUUAUUUUUGCUUUGUCUUUUGGGUGGCCUAACCUCCAUUAACAUGAAGGCUGAACAUUUUUAAACUUGUUUUUCCAAAAAUCAUAAUGAUUUACUUUAUUAAUAAAUAAAAUAAAGUCGUGUAUUUGA